AUGGCAUCGGCAUCGAUUACAUUCAAGACAGAAGAGGAUGAAGAAGGCGAACCGCCAUCAGCGAGAAUGGCAAUCACUAGGCUAGACAUUUCGAAAGAUGCCACGCCCACCGCGACGAACGUGAUAAGACCCGAGAAAGAUGCGUCGCAGGUGCCGAUCAUCAACUCGGCGACGUCGACCGGCAACGUAACAUCGCGCGAGCCGCAAUCGCAGAUGAAAGAGAAGCUCGGCCAUCGGCGAAUCGACGAACAAGGCGAAGUGAGCUACAAGAAGGUGCCGACGAACGCGCUGAUGAUGGCCAUUCAGCUUGGAAUCGCCAACUCGAUAGGGAGUUUGGCAUCACUACCGAAUCGAGACGUGUUGCUGCAGGAUUUUGAGAAAGUCGAUAUUGUCUCAUUUCCAGCAAGCGGCUCGGCAACAACGCCAUCGCAUUCAUUCGGCGAUUUUCGAUUCCGCACUUAUGCGCCGAUUGCGUUUCGCUAUUUUCGAAAUCUUUUUCAUAUUAAACCUGCCGAUUUUCUGAGAUCGAUAUGUACAGAACCUUUGAAAGAGCUCGCAAAUGCCGGAGCUUCUGGAUCAAUCUUUUAUGUAUCUCAAGAUGAUCAAUUUAUUGUAAAAACGGUCCAGCACAAAGAAGCGGAAUUUUUGCAGAAAUUAUUACCCGGUUAUUAUAUGAAUCUCAACCAGAACCCAAGGACGCUGUUGCCGAAAUUCUUUGGAUUAUUUUGUUAUCAGAGCCUCGGAAAAAAUAUUCGCCUACUUGUCAUGAAUAAUUUGCUGCCUCAAACAAUCACAAUGCAUGAGAAAUAUGAUUUGAAAGGCUCGACGUACAAACGAUGCGCCUCAAAGGCGGAAAGGGCAAAGCCUCAGCCGACACUAAAAGAUCUCGAUUUUCUCGAAAACCACCGAGAAGGCAUUCUGAUCGAUCCGGUGGCCCUUGACGCUCUAAUUAAGACGAUAAGCCGAGAUUGUUUGGUACUUGAAAGCUUUAAAAUUAUGGAUUAUUCGCUUCUUGUUGGCAUUCAUAAUUUGGAAAUUGCGGCGCGGACAAAAGCUGAGAAGGAGAAGGAGGAGAAGCAUGAGAAUGGUGGUCCAACGACGAGUAAAGACGGCGUAAAUAAUGGGCAUAAGCCAUUACAAGAAAAGUAUUCGGUGUGGGAGACCGGCGAUGUUGAUCUACCGCAGUGCGGCGUGCCGGCCCGCAAUUCAAACGGCGACCGACUAGUUUUGUAUUUAGGUAUCAUUGACAUUUUGCAAAAUUAUCGACUACUUAAAAAGUUUGAGCACACGUGGAAAGCGAUUCUUCAUGAUGGAGAUUCGAUAUCGGUGCACAAUCCGAAUUUUUAUGCUCAACGAUUUUUGAACUUCAUGCAGGGUCAUGUGUUCAAGAAGGGACCAGCGCUCAAAAGUUCGCCAUCGAGAAAGCGAACGAUGCUUAAGAACAUGGGAGCCAGUGGCGACGAGGAUCAGACGAUCACGAGCGCGAGUGUCGGUCAAAAGUACGCGUCGAACGACGGAUACUUUGGCUCGCAGACCGCUCGCGAAUCGACGAGAUUGUACAGUGCGCGAAAGGAGACGCAAGAGGAUCAAGUGAUUUCUGCUCGCGAUGUUCAUCCGAUCAUGCCGAGCUCGAAUAUGAGUCGAGUUCCAUUACGGCGAUCAUAUCGCGAAGGCGGACAACAGAUGUCGACGGAAAAGAAGGAGAAGAAGGUUGAGCGACUGUUUGCUAGUCCGGCUCCAGCGAAACCAGGCGAGAAUCAGCCGCUGGUUGAAGAGAAACCAGAAGAAGAGGAAGAGGAAAUUAUGAGCGUUGAUAGGCCCGAUGAAAAAUUCUUGGCGUUGUGGCGAAAUUCGGAUGAGAUUUCGAAACAAUUGACGGCGCAAACUGGAAAAAGAGAUCUAUCGAUUGGAGAGGCGCGAUCCAACAUUUGGUCGAAUUUCUCGGCAUUAUCCGCCUCGGAUCAAACCCAAAUGAUGAGCCGAUUAUCGACGAACUGGCCGUUUGCAAUGGAAAGACGAGCAUUAACAUGGCCGGUGCACGCAGGUCUCAUAGCGAAUUGUUUCACUUCUUCUAUGAUUGCAACCCGAAUCAAUUCCGAUGUUUUCCUAUUUGAUCCGAAAACAAAAUUUCUGGAAUCGGUUCAAAAAUGCCCAAAAAGUCCGUUCGUGUUCGGAAUUUAUUCAGCUGGCGUAACAUAUUAUAUGCUAUAUCAAAUGUUCAUCACACCAAAAGUGUACAAUGAAAUGUCGCCUUGUCCAACAUGCGUUGUCAUAAAUAGCAUAGUUAUUGGUCUGGUGACUGGCAUUUUGAUUCCAAUGCUGGCAACACCGUAUUUGACGAAUUAUGUGUUGCUACAACGAGAAGGGGCAAGCAGCAAGCAACCGGCGGUCAAAAAUCUGCUAGAGUUUUUGACACUAGGAUGGGAAGGAAGCCGAGGAGCUCGGCCGAUUAUCGCACAAUGUGCUGCUAUCCAAAUGGUUGUCUCAUUUGCCUCGAUGUACGCCCUUCUUUGGGGACGAGAACGAAUGUUCAACACACUUGAGUAUGACGCUGAAUUGGCGAAGAAGUUGAUUAGCGAGACUCACGAAUCGACGUCGGUGAAGCAGAAGAUUCUCGAUUAUCUUCGCAAAAUUCCAAUGAUCAGUGGAAUUAUUGAUGACGCGCCGGAAAAAGAGCGGGUUUUAUAA